GGGCUGAGCCGAAAGAGGAACGUUUCCAUUGUGGCGAGGACUGAGUUUACAGUUUGUGCUGUUAUAUAAUUUCUUCCUCGUUGGGUGUCUUGGUGGCGUACCUUUCGGUCGUUGAUUGAUAGCCGUUCAAACGGGAAUGGCCGAAUCGAGCAGAUAUCAGCAGCUGUCCAAUGAGGAGGACUCAGAAGAGAGUCCACAGGUAGCAGCCGAUGCUCCUCCACCGUACAGCAGCGUCGGAGCGUACAAUUCUGCAUGCUUUGACUGCAAGGAAGACGGGAUUUUCCCCAAGCCACCAUCAUACAACGUAGCGACUACGCUACCUUCCUAUGAUGAAGCAGAAAGAACCAAAGCUGAGACUGAUGUUCCUCUGGUACCCGGAAGACAGCCUCAGCACAGGGAACGCCUGGAGACUUUUGACGAUGUAAUUCGCAGUUCACUGGAGGAUGAAGACUUUGUCACCAGAGAUGACUUUGAAGAUGCGGAUCAGCUGCGGAUAGGAAACGACGGCAUCUUCAUGCUCACGUUCUUCAUGGCGUUCCUGUUCAACUGGAUUGGUUUCUUCUUGUCUUUCUGUCUGACCACCUCAGCUGCAGGACGCUACGGGGCCAUCUCAGGAUUUGGCCUAUCCCUCAUCAAAUGGAUCCUCAUCGUCAAAUUCUCCACAUAUUUCCCUGUGUAUUUUGAGGGACAACAGUGGCUGUGGUGGGUGUUCCUCAUCUUGGGCCUCUUGCUUUUCCUCCGAGGAUUCAUCAACUAUGCCAGAAUCCGCAAGAUGGCCGACACUUUCUCCACCCUGCCUCGCACCCGGGUCCUUUUCAUCUACUGAAACCACAAACUACCAGUCCCCUUCAUUCUUUUUUUUUUUUUUUUUUUUUUUUAAAUCUUCUUUCUUCAGUGAGAUAUGCUGUUUGGCAUUAUUCAAUCAGGUUUUUCCCCCCUCUGCCUGACAUGAUUUGGACAGAAUGAUGUCUGUUGUUCCCUCUCAGUGUAAAUCUUUGAAUGCUGAGAAAUCUGUAAAUCCCUUCAGUUAUUAGUGGUGAACUGUCAAGUGCUAUUUGCAGUAUGAAGUGUGUAUAAAUGGAUGCCUUACUUACUACAGCAGCAUGUACUGUUCCCUCUUUAGCCAGCAGGGGGCAGUCUUGUUUUUUUUUUUUUUUUGUGGAGGUGGGUGGUGGGCACAAGCGAUCUAAUGAAGUCAUUUGUAUAGAUAAAGGUGGUUCUCAUCCCAGGGGUCAGUGGGUAAUUCUGGGGUUGUGGGUUGAUUUGCGUAAUGUAAGAUAAUAUAUUUCAAGUACCAAUUUAAUGCUUUUAACCUUUCUGACCAAUGCUUUUUGCUCUUUGUGAAAUGCUACACAAUUCAGGUGAUAUAAAGCUAUAAAGGGAAAAUUAUUAGCUUUCUGUGGGUUCAGGGGCUGAAAAUAUUGAAGAUUGUGUGUGUGUGUGUGUGUGUGUGUGUGUGUGUGUGGUGUGUGUGUGUGUGUGUGUGUGUGUAGAAGACCAGGUGGGAGGUUCACUCCAGAGCAUUUUUUUCUCAUGUAUUUAUAAAUAUUCCAUGCCCUCACUGUAAUUAUGAAUGUUGUUUCCUCAUUUGCUCUCUAUGUAUAUCAGCGUGAUCACCUCUAUAUGCAGGGAUGAUCAGGCUGAGGGUCACUGCUUUGCUUAAGGACAAGUUGAUAGUCUGUCACUGGAUUUAGAUGUGCAAUUGGACACUUCUCUUCAAAUAAAUGACGCCAGCACCCUGUCUUAGUCACUGGCACACAGUUGGUGUUCAUUGGGAGAAAAAAAAAAUAUUGCCAGAUGUGAUUAGAGGAGAAAAAUAUAUAUUCAUUAAAGAAGCGUUUUUCUUUGAUGUAACAAUGAAAUAUUAAAGUUUUUUUUUUCAUUAAA